CAUGAAUUGAGACGACCGGUACAUGGUUGUACCUCUGAUGCAUGCUGCAAACUAACGUAUCUCGUAUUUAAUGGCUGAACUUAGUGGAAAUGGACAUAUAAUGUCCAUGGAAAACAAAAGAAAUCGUCACUAUUUUACUACAACAGUAGUAUUUUUAGGUAUCCAAACUUUGAUAAUUCUGUUUAUUUACCCAAUAGUCAUUGGCAUCGUAGUAGUCUCUUUCCAAAACGAUAUUAUGAAACUGGAGAUAUCUAUCGAUAAUUUGAAAACUCACAAAGAUUUGCAGCAUGCAUCAGACACAGAACCAGAGACAGAGCAGCGAUGCACAUGCUCGGAAACAGUAAGCGAAAAUGAUGUCACCACCCAGGUUGGGAGCAGUACUCUUCGUUGCUGCACAACAGAUGAAGACAGUGUCAGGAUGUUAAUUUUACGUAUUAUUGAUGAAGAUCGUCGCCAACGCAACAGAAAAAGACGACCAGAUAGGACAACUCUCACAGUCGGUGCAAUUGAACGACUGGUUUCUAACAUUAUCAAGCAAAAUAAAACAGAGCAUGCGGUGGAUACAGGUAGCAAUUCCAACACUAUGCCGUCAACGAGUAUUAUUACUAUAGCCGUGCACUUGACCGGACGACCGUCACUGAAUGGAUUUACUGAUAGUAAACAACUUCACAGGCAGAAAGGUUACAAAAAGGUUGGUCCAUGGGAAUAUAAUAACGGCCAAUCAUUUGCAAGAUACGUUCAAGUAGAUGAUCAUCACAUCAUAGUUCCCAAGACUGGCAUUUACUAUGUGUACAGUCAGGUGUGUUUUACUUAUGACUCCAGUGAAUAG